AUGGACGGCUCAAAACUCCACGUAGCUAUUCUCGUAAGUCCCGGCAUGGGACACCUCGUCCCUGUCCUGCUUCUGGCCAACCGCCUAGCCACCCAACACGGCGUUAAAGUCACAGUUCUUGCUGUCACAACUUCUUAUUCUCCGCCGGAGUCCCAUUUGCUCGAAAUCCCCACCGAGAAAAACCUUGUUGAUAGAAUUGAACUUCCGCCUGUUGACAUUUCACGUCUUAUAAAACCCGACACUAAAGUAGUGGCACAACUGUGCAUGAUGCUACGCGAGGCGCUGCCGGGAAUCCGGUCCACCAUCUCCGCCAUGAACCACCGCCCCGAUGCCCUUAUCGUGGAUCAUUUUGGCACUGAAGCUCUUCCGAUUGCGGCUGAAUUCAACAUGGCGAAGUAUGUGUAUGUGCCCACCGGAGCGUGGUUUACUGCCCUCACUUUAUACUGUCCGGUUCUUGAUAAAGAAAUCGAGGGACAGUAUGUUGAUCAAGAAGAUUUUCUGAAAAUUCCAGGUUGCAAACUGGUGCGACCGGAGGACGUGGUAGAUCCCAUGCUGGACCGGAACGACCAACAAUAUGAUGAGUACGUGAGCAUGGGGACUCGGAUUCCACAGUUUGAUGGGAUCCUGCUGAAUACAUGCUACAUCGAUGGAAGUUAUGUAGGAGUUAAAAAGAAGGUUACGUCCGUGUUGGAACUUGAGACCUCUUUAGGAAAAAAGAUUCGUAUCUCUUGCUUAUAA